AGAUUUAUUCGGACACUGUCGUUUUGGCUAGUCUGAUUCCUUUGGGGGUAAUGCUCAAGUGUUCAUUUGCAAAUUCGAAAACCCAUGUGCUAGGGUUUCACGAGAACGAAAGAGGUAGAGAAAGUUCCAUGGCUCGUGCGAUUCUGGACCCAGAAGCUUAAAGACGAACAAGAGGCACGUGUAGGGUGAUGAAUCGGCAAAAAGAAAGAAGAUGAUUGGAGGGCUAAUAGGCGUGGUUCGCAAACAGGAGAGAAAAAGCGUUGAAUCGUGAAGAGCAAAAGCGUCGAAGGUUUUCCAUUCCUUUUACCCCUUUCCUUUUUUCUUUGGUUCUGACCCUAUAAAAGGGCUAGUAAUAAUUUUCUGAACGGUGGAAUGGAAUGUAGAGAGAGAUGUACAGAGUUCGGUAUUGUUGGGAGUAGAGUUAGUUUCAGUUUUUGACUUUUGGAGUUAGCAUAGCUAGGGUUCGUCCGAUUCAAUUUCCUUUCGAUUCGUCUUUCUCAGUUCGUAGUAGUUGUUUUAGCUUUUGGUAGUGUAGAAACAUUAUUCUUUGUUGUUGGAUUUCGCUGAGGUGCUCGCAGGGUGACAGAUCGUGAGAUUUCUUAGUGUUUCCGGUCCUGUUACUAGCUUAUGCCCUAGUUGAUGGUUACUAAGGUUCUUCCCACUGCAACAGUCCACAACGAAAGGGAGUAUAUGGGUCCAGCUAUGUAUAUGGGUUUAGAAAUAUCAGUUCUUUCGCCUCUAACUUACCAAUUUAUAUUGUGACUUAAUUUUUACAUUUUUUGUAUUUGAAGUUAUGCAGUGGGGUAUAUAAUAAAGGGAAGCUUCUAGACAUAGUCAAACAUAGAUUAGGAUAAAAGCAAAGCACCAAUAAUUGAAUGAAAUUUUUUCCUUUUGUCCGUUGGAAGAAUUUGAUCCAUGUAUGAGCUAUAAUAUAUGCUUUUAAUAAGUUCUGCUACUAGCUAUCAUUAAUGUCUCUAAGUGUUUUUGUUCUCCGACACAUGAUGAAUAAAAACUUUGUUCGGUGUGCAUGGCUAUCAUCCAUCAUGAUAGCAUAUAUUGGAAGAGAGAGAGGGCUGAAUUGAAAAUGGAAAAGUAAUGAAAAAAAUUGUAGUGUGUGAUUGUAAAUAGAAAAUACAGUUUGUACACUAAAAGGAUUAUGUGUUGCCUUUAUGAAUGUUACAGAUUCUAGAUUGCAUAACCUGUCGAGGACAUAUUAUACUCGUAGAUUAUAUUGUCUGUAGUUGAAGCAAAGAUGAGGAUUAUGAUAAAGGGCGGUGUUUGGAAAAACACCGAAGAUGAAAUCCUGAAAGCGGCUGUUAUGAAAUAUGGUAAGAAUCAGUGGGCUCGAAUCUCUUCGCUCCUUGUUCGCAAAUCUGCCAAGCAAUGCAAAGCUCGUUGGUACGAGUGGCUUGAUCCCUCCAUAAAGAAGACUGAGUGGACUAGAGAAGAGGAUGAGAAGUUACUUCAUCUUGCUAAGCUCAUGCCCACUCAGUGGAGAACAAUUGCUCCAAUUGUAGGUCGUACACCUUCUCAGUGUCUUGAGCGGUAUGAGAAGCUCCUUGAUGCAGCCUGUGUAAAAGAUGAGAACUAUGAGCCUGGUGAUGAUCCUCGAAAAUUGCGUCCUGGGGAGAUUGAUCCAAACCCUGAGUCAAAACCUGCACGGCCUGAUCCUGUUGAUAUGGAUGAGGAUGAAAAGGAGAUGCUUUCUGAAGCACGAGCCCGAUUAGCCAACACAAAGGGAAAGAAAGCAAAAAGGAAAGCUAGGGAGAAACAGCUUGAGGAAGCAAGGAGGCUUGCUUCCCUACAAAAGAAGAGGGAAUUGAAGGCGGCUGGAAUUGAUAUCAGGCAGCGAAAGAGAAAAAGGAAAGGAAUAGACUACAAUGCAGAAAUUCCAUUUGAGAAAAGGCCUCCUCCAGGAUUUUUCGAUGUUGCAGAUGAAGAUAGACCAGUGGAACAGCCCAAGUUCCCUACUACGAUUGAAGAACUUGAGGGGAAAAGGAGGGUUGAUAUUGAGGCACAAUUAAGAAAGCAGGACAUUGCAAAAAAUAAAAUUGCACAAAGGCAAGAUGCCCCAUCUGCCAUAUUGCAUGCCAACAAAUUGAAUGAUCCAGAGACAGUAAGAAAGAGGUCAAAAUUGAUGCUUCCACCACCCCAGAUAUCUGAUCAAGAAUUGGAUGAAAUUGCUAAGUUGGGUUAUGCUAGUGACCUUGCAGGGAGUCAGGAACUUACUGAAGGUAGUGGUGCUACACGUGCUCUUCUGGCUAAUUAUGCACAGACACCCGGUCAAGGAGUGACUCCUUUGCGAACCCCUCAGAGAACACCAUCUGGUAAAGGAGAUGCUAUUAUGAUGGAAGCUGAAAAUCUUGCCAGGUUGAGGGAGUCUCAAACACCAUUGUUGGGAGGAGAGAAUCCGGAGUUGCAUCCUUCAGAUUUUUCUGGUGUCACUCCUAAGAAAAAAGACAUUCAGACUCCAAAUCCAAUGCUGACCCCAUCUGCAACUCCUGGAGGUGCAGGUCUCACUCCAAGAAUUGGUAUGACACCAACAAGAGAUGGUUUUUCUUUUAGCAUGACACCAAAGGGGACUCCUUUGAGGGAUGAACUACGUAUUAAUGAGGACAUGAAUAUGCAUGAAAGCACUAAACGUGAGCUGCAGAGACAGGCUGAUAUGAGAAGAAGUCUGCGUUCUGGUUUAGGAAGCCUUCCUCAGCCCAAGAAUGAGUACCAAAUAGUGAUGGAACCAGUCACAGAAGAUGCCGAAGAGCCUGAGGAGAAGAUUGAAGAGGAUAUGUCUGACAGGAUAGCUAGAGAAAAAGCAGAAGAAGAGGCAAGACAGCAGGCAUUACUUAGAAAACGAUCAAAGGUCCUUCAACGGGAACUUCCUAGGCCCCCUGCUGCUUCAUUGGAGCUUAUAAGAAAUUCCUUAAUUAGAUCUGAUGGGGACAAGAGUUCCUUUGUUCCACCAACCUCUAUUGAGCAGGCUGAUGAGAUGAUUAGAAAGGAGCUUCUAACUUUACUGGAGCAUGACAAUGCUAAGUAUCCGCUUGAUGAUAAAGUGAAUAAGGAGAAAAAGAAAGGAGUCAAGCGAUCUGCAGAUUUGUCUGCGGUCCCUGUGAUAGAAGAUUUUGAGGAAGAUGAAAUGAAAGAUGCUGAUAAGUUGAUAAAGGAAGAAGUCCAAUAUCUUUGUGCCGCAAUGGGACAUGAAAAUGAGCCCCUUGAAGAAUUUAUUGAAGCACAUCGAACCUGCCUCAAUGAUCUUAUGUACUUUCCUACCCGUAAUGCAUAUGGUCUCUCUAGUGUUGCUGGGAACAUGGAAAAACUAGCUGCUUUGCAAAAUGAAUUUGAGAAUGUGAGAAAGAAAUUGGAUGAUGAUAAGGAGAAGAUGGUACGGCUUGAGAAGAAGGUGACUGUUAUCACACAAGGCUACGAGAUGAGAGCAAAGAAAAGUAUCUGGCCGCAAAUUGAGGCCACUUUCAAGCAUAUGGAUAUAGCUGCAACCGAGUUAGAAUGCUUUAAAGCUUUGCAAAAUCAGGAGCAGUUAGCAGCAUCCCACAGGAUAAACAAUUUGUGGAGUGAAGUACAGAAGCAAAAGGAACUUGAAAAAACUUUGCAAAACAGGUACGGGAGUCUAAUUGAAGAGCUGGAGAAGAUGCAAAAUAUCAUAAACCAAUGCAGAUUAAAGGCAGAGCAGCAAAAAGAAAUUGAAGCAAACAAUGCUCAUGCUGAGACCAAUGAGACCAAAGUCAAUGACACUGAUGUGCAGGAUACAGGGAGUAUUGUACCUCACUCAGCAGAGGAUGGAAAUGCUCAAGCAAUAACAGUCGAGUCAUCACAUGAUGGAACUUCUGACCAGCAAGUUGGGAUUAUGCAAGACCAGUCGACUUCUAGCCCCAGCCAUGACAUGAAUGUGGAUUCUGAUAACAUGCAUACAAUACAUGACAGUGAUGCUAAAUUAGCAAAUGCUUCACCAGCUGCUGAGAAUGUUGUUGAAAUAGUGGAAGGUAGUAGCCCUACUGAUGGUUAUACUGAGAAUGGGGAGAACGUGUCAGAAAUGGGUGCUUCAAUGGAAAUAAAUAGCCCCAAUCAAGAUGUAGUUGCGAAUGCUGUAACCACAGGUGAGAGCAGCAUGGAAGAAACCAAUGCUGUCACGGAGGAGGCAAAUUAGGCUGGACACUUUGUAGCUGUUCUGAAAGUUAAGAGGGAGAGACAUUAGGAUGGGUAGUUUUUCGGUUCAGAUUUCAGUGGAUGUUUAACUGAAUAGAUUGCAUGGAGAGUGAGUCUUGCUAAUUUUUUUGAAGGCAUAUGAAGAUAUCCAUUCCUAGUUGAAGUUUGGAACAUGUUAUGAUUCUGACAUAAAGCUAUGAGCAUUGAGAUAUUUGCUCUCCAUUUUUUUUGUUCUUUCAAUAGUUGUCCCCUUUUUAGUGGAUGUCGGCACUUUUAUAAGAAUGUUAAAGGAUUUUAUAUCAAUUAAUUAGACCUUAGAGCUAGUUCCUAUUGGAACCUGUGUACUGUUAAAUUA